AUGUCCAAGAAGCAGGAAGUGAAGUUCUACGGCUCUAGCGCCGCAAAGGAUGAGUUGGUGUACGGCGUCGUGCACAUCUAUGCCUCUUUCAACGACACCUUCGUCCAUGUGACGGAUCUGUCCGGUCGCGAGACGUUCUGCAAGAUCACUGGCGGUAUGAAGGUGAAGGCGGACCGCGAUGAGAGCUCGCCGUACGCUGCCAUGAUGGCUGCACAGGAUGUGGUGGCGCGCUGCAAGGAGUGCGGCAUCAACGCACUGCACGUGAAGAUGCGCGCGACCGGUGGUGUGGGCACGAAGAGCCCCGGCCCCGGCGCCCAGGCCGCGCUGCGUGCCCUUGCCCGUGCUGGCAUGAAGAUUGGCCGCAUCGAGGACGUGACGCCAAUCCCGACCGACUCCACGCGCCGCAAGGGCUCUCGCCGCGGUCGCCGUCUGUAG